AGUGGCGUGCAGCUGAGCGGAGCAGCCGCUGGCGCCGCUCGUAAAUAACCCCCCACUUGGUGGCCAUGGCCUCCCUCCCCGUCCCUGCCAUUAAGCACCAGAUCCUAACCCGCCAUUAAUGCCCUUAACUCGAGCUCGAGAUCAGAGGAGGAGGUGCGCCGUGCGCGCCGCCGCCUGCUGCUGUGCUACGUGCCGUGCGACGAGAGCCGGCCGGCCGCCUCCACCGUUCUAGUAAUUGAUUGAAGCUCACGCGCCGCUCGGGCGAUUGGUUCCACCUCCACCUGUUUUGUUGGCCGCCUCUCCGUGCGGUGUGGGGGUGGGGUGAGGUGAGGCGAGGCCGUGAACCUGUCGAGGCGGAGGGAGGAGGGAUGCUGACGUGCAUCGCGUGCUCGAAGCCGGCCUCCGGCGGCGGCCCGCUGCACGAGCCGCCGGAGGACGAGGACGCCGUCGACGGCGGCGGCGGGGGCGGCGCCGCGACGCCCAGCACGCGCCUGGCCAUCAAGGCGCUCACUGCGCAGAUCAAGGAUAUGGCGUUGAAGGCGUCGGGCGCGUACCGGCACUGCAAGCCCUGCGCCGGCUCGUCGGCGGGGGCUUCGCGGCGGCACCACCCGUACCACCACCGCGGCGGCAGCGGCUUCGGCGACUCCGACGCCGGCUCCGAACGGUUCCACUACGCGUACCGCCGCGCCGCGAGUUCGGCGGCCUCGACGCCCCGGUUGCGCGGCGGCGGCGGCGCCCUGUCGAGCGGGGACGCCACGCCGUCCAUGAGCGCCCGCUCGGACUUCCCCAUCGGCGACGAGGAGGAGGAGGAGGACGACGACGACGACGAGGAGAUGGUGUCAACCGGCGGCGGCGGCAAGGAGGAAGACGCGAAGGAGUGGGUGGCGCAGGUGGAGCCCGGCGUGCUUAUCACCUUCGUCUCACUGCCACAGGGUGGCAACGACCUCAAACGCAUCCGGUUCAGCCGUGAGAUGUUCAACAAGUGGCAAGCACAAAGAUGGUGGGCUGAAAAUUAUGACAAAGUUAUGGAGCUUUAUAAUGUACAGAGAUUUAAUCAUCAAGCUGUUCCUCUUCCUGCUACUCCAAAAUCUGAAGAUGAGAGCUCAAAGGAGGACAGCCCAGUGACACCACCCCUGGGCAAGGAACGGCUACCUCGUUCUUUACAUAGACCAAUGUCAGGUGGUGGUGCAGUGGGUUCAUCUUCAUCAGAUUCUCUUGAGCAUCAUUCAAACCACUACUGUAAUAGCGGCCGCCACCACCAACAUGGACACCAGUGCUAUGAUUCAGUGGGGCUGGUUUCAACACCCAAGCUCUCAAGUAUAAGUGGAGCCAAGACAGAAACCUCAUCAAUGGAUGCAUCAAUGAGGACAAGUUCAUCUCCUGAAGAGGUCGACAGAUCUGGUGAGCUCUCUGUGUCCAUCAGCAAUGCAAGCGACCAGGAGAGGGAGUGGGUUGAGGAAGACGAACCUGGCGUAUAUAUUACCAUCCGGGCUCUGCCUGGCGGUAUCAGAGAACUCCGGCGUGUUCGAUUCAGCCGAGAGAGAUUCAGCGAGAUGCAUGCCAGGCUAUGGUGGGAAGAGAACCGAGCGAGGAUACACGAGCAGUAUCUCUAAGAUGAAACGCUUGUCAAGCACAGGUGGUUCUUCAAUGAGCAAUGAAUCCAUGUUGUACAUUUGGCGCUAACAGUACGCCCACUGUGGGCAGCAGCAGCAGCAGCAACAGCCGUCACAGUUGAUACUAAUUGUGCACUGCAUGUGUGACUGUGAGCUUUAAAACUUUGUUACUACUAACCUACCUUAGGCUCUUGUUGUGGCAGAAUUCACAUUUUCUUUUUCAUCGUUUUGGCUUUUGCUUUGAACAGGAAGCUUUGAGUUGAGAAACAGGAGGUAUUUAGCCUAGAAAAAAAAUAAUCAGAAAUUCCAUAUUCCCUGAACCUGUAGUCUGCACUCUGCUGAACCAAAGGUGUUUCUUCCAAGUUUCAUAUACCAGUACCUGAUUUGUUCU